AUGGCUGUGUUCAAGUUCGCUGUGCUUGCCCUGCUGCUGGUCGCUGCCUUCGCAGAGGAGGAGGUGGAGUGUCCCUUUAAUUACUUCUCUUAUAUUGCAUACCUCUCUUCUAUAACAUACUACAUUCAUGACUUCUCCUCUAUAACAUAUUACAUUCAUGACUUCUCUUCUGCAGUGGAUGAGGACACCUCCAGGGAGCUGUCCGUGUCCGAGCUGCUGGACAGGGCCAACAGAGACCGCACCCCCGACCUCGAUGAGCCCGAGCUGAUUGGAGGAGAUAUCGCCAUCUUGAACGAGAACGAGAGAAACGCCGAUCCCUGCACCUCCCGCGGCUGCCUGUGGCCCAAGUACAAUGACGGCAAGGUCUACGUGCCUUACGUGAUUGCCAACCACUAUUCUUCCCGCGAGCUGCAGAUCAUCCAGCGUGGCCUCGACUCCUUCUCCUCCUCCUCUUGCAUCCGCUUCAAGCGCCGCAGCAACGAGAGGGACUACAUCAGCAUCGAGUCUCGCAGCGGAUGCUACUCCUACGUGGGCCGCACCGGCAACGCUCAGACCGUGUCUCUGGCCCGUUCUGGCUGCCUGUACCACAGCACCGUCCAGCACGAGCUGCUCCACGCUCUGGGCUUCAACCACGAGCAGACCCGUAACGACCGUGACAACUACAUCCGCGUCUACUGGGAGAACAUCAUCGAUGACAUGAAGUACAACUUCAACAAGAUCAACACCCUGAACCAGGGAACUUCCUACGACUACAACUCCGUGAUGCAGUAUGAGAGGUACGCCUUCUCCAAGAACAACCGCCCCACCAUGGUGCCCAUCCCCAACUCCAACGCUGUGCUGGGACAGGCCUCUCAGAUGAGCCAGAACGACAUCACCAGGCUCAACAGACUCUACAAGUGCUAGAUGAAGAUGCCGUGACCACCACUGGCCUCCACUCCAUCAACCACCUCUGGAGUCCUUUCAUCAGUA